GCGCCUCGUUCUUGGGGUUACCCAAAGUGUUGUUUCAAUUGCGCAUUGAACUUUGAAUUGGCGCCCGCAGGGGUUCAGGUUCAAGAUCACGGCGCAUAACCAAAAUUGCCAUAGGCAUUCAGCGUGUGUCCUGUGGAGGAGUUGACGUCAGGGUGAUACGUAACCCUGCCGCGGCGCAUUGAGCGCAGCAGGACCUCACGCUGCUCCGCCUGAAUAUCUGUCCACUUGUUGUGCUCUUAUUGAUCAACCAGGACGCGGCUACACCGGCAACCCGCAUCGACACGCACAUGGCUUGACGACACCAUGUCCAGAUAUCACUCCCCUCCUUUCCAGACCCUCUCCUUCCUUCUUCUUUUCCUCUUUACCCUCUUCCCUCUCUCACUUCUGUCUCCAAUACUUUCUCAAUCUCCUCUCAGUUGGACCUCUCCCCAUGACCCCUGUUACCACCUGGAUGGGCGUCCACGCCACUGCCUGUCUGAAUUCAUCAAUACAGCUUAUGGGGUGCCCGUGACAAUGGAGGACCUCCAGCAAGGACCCAAGACAAAUAUUAGCACUUUAACAGAUCUUCAUAACCCCCACAAUCUGACAUGCUGGACAGCUUCAGAGGGCUCCAGUGGUGGGGAUUGGACUUUGAUAGUUCCCCUAGGAAGACGUUUUGAAAUCACAUACAUUAGUCUUCAGUUUUGUCAACAGGUGGAUUCGGUUGAGUCCUACUCCAUUACUAUCUUAAAGUCAAUGGACUUUGGCCAGAGUUGGCGCCCCUUACAGUUUUAUUCAAAUGACUGCAUGGGCUCAUUUGGGCGACCUGCACAGUCAAUUGCUUUGACAAAACACCAGGAGACGGAGCCACUUUGUUCAGAUCCCAGACCACUGCAGAAACAUCGAGGAAAUAUUGUGCUGGCUUUCUCGACUUUGGACGGACGUCCUUCCUCGCCAGACUUUGACUACAGUCCUGGACUACAAGAUUGGGUAACUGCAACAGACAUAAAGAUAGUAUUUCAUCAAUCAAUGGACAAAAUGAAAAAGCAAGAGGAGAAAAUGAAUGAAGUGGGAGGUGCAUACAGAUGGAGAGAAAGAGGAGACAAAGCUUUGAGGUUUGGCGAGAAAAACACUGGCACCAAAGCAACCGAUGUUUGGGGAAAUAGUCGAGAAAAACAGACUUCAACACAGAGAUUUAAGAAUAAAAGCACAGUGCUGCAAAGCGGCCACAAUGUUACCCGAAAGGAGAUGGGAUCUCAAGGUAGAGUGGGAAGAGGCCAUAGAAAGGACAAUAGCAGGCCAUGCCAGGAUGGCACAUGUGAUCGAUCCCUAAAUAUCCAACAGCAGAGCUCCAAGGGGAGAGAGUUGAGGAGAAGAAGAAACAACGGCGGAAGGGGGAAGUCCCAUUUUAAACAAAGAAAAAAUGGCUCACGCCAGCUUGUCCCUUCGUCUCUUUAUGCCCCAACGAAACCCACACUUGCACUUUCGGACCUGCAGGUUGGAGGCAGGUGCAAGUGCAAUGGCCAUGCCUCUCGCUGUCGUCGUGACAACCAGGGGCAUGCCGUGUGUCAGUGUGAACAUCACACAUCUGGGCCAGACUGUGACAUGUGUGAGCAAUUCUUUUAUGAUCGUCCAUGGCAACGGGCCACACCCAGCCAACCACACCCGUGCGUCCCAUGUGAAUGUAACGGUCACUCUAAUAAAUGUAGAUUCAGUAUGGCCGUUUAUCAGCAGUCUGGUCGAGUCAGUGGAGGUGUUUGUCUGAAAUGCCGGCAUCACACUACAGGACGCCACUGCCAGUUUUGCCAGAACGGAUACAUGCGUGACCACAGCAAAGCACUCAAUCACCGCAAGGCCUGUCAGCCAUGCCAGUGUCACCCCGUGGGUGCCGUGGGUCGCUGGUGUAACCAGUCCACAGGGCAGUGUUUGUGUAGAGAAGGAGUCAUAGGACAGAGGUGUAACCGGUGCGCCCCGGGGUACAAGCAAGGCCACUCCCCGCUUCGACCAUGCAUCCGUAUUCAGGAGGUUGCGCCACCCACCCCUGUAUACCAGCCACAGUACAGCAUUGGUGAAGAGUGUUUUUCUUAUUGUCCACCUUCCCAAGCAAGAGUCAGAAUGAAUUUAGAAACAUAUUGUCUCAAGGAUUAUGUAUUGAAGGUGCAGGUAAAAAGUAAGGAACGCUCUGGUCCCUGGUGGCAGUUUUCCAUACUGGUGCAGUCAGUUUUUCGCAUGGGCUCUUCACAUGUAAAGCGAGGCCUUCAGGCCCUUUGGGUUCCAGAUCGGGAUGUGAGCUGCGGCUGCCCUGCUCUGCAGAUUGGCCGAACCUUUCUCCUGAUCGGUGCAGAGGAAAGCAGGCGUAGUUGGGUCCCUGAGGAAAGGAGAUUAGUUGCAGACCGCACCACAAUGGCCUUGCAAUGGAGAGAACACUGGAGCCCCAAAUUGAGAGGGUUCCGCGGGCAGGACACCCGAGGGAAGUGCCUACAGGGAAACACCACUGCACAGAAACCAUCUCACCCAAACUCUUAUGAGGAAUACACACCUCCACAUCUUGACAAACUGCAGUCUGUGCCACACAGACUACAUAAACAUACACACAUGGCACAUAAGCAGCAUCAUUUAACACCACAAUCAGGAUCAGAGCACACACACAAUCAAAGGGGGACUCAGGACAUACAAGGAAAAAACACAGAAACGCACCUUGAGGAGGACCAUGAGGCUGAAAACGUCACACUGAGCUCCUCUCAGGAAACACAAGAUCCUCUCUCAGGUACUUCAAAGACGAGUCAGGCCAGUAAACGUGAGCGGUACUACCCAACGGCAUGUCCAACCUGGUCACCUGUCUGACAGAAUCAGGCAUUAAGAACAGAAAUACAAAUGAUACUAAAAUGACUGAAGUCAGUCAGUGAGGUAAAUUAGCGGUUGUUUCAAAUAGGCUGUAUCCUGUAAGGGCUUCUCACACUGUGCUACACCCUGCAUUUAACCCUGGGUAGAGAACAUUUCACACUUGUAUUUUUUAGAAGAAGGGCAGAAACAUUUUACUCAGGGUUAUCAAACUCUGCGAUGAAACAGGGUUAGCAGCGCUUUUACUAUGUUCCCACAAAUGUUUAGCAACCUAAAGCCAAUGGCAUGUCUCAGUCACAUGCUUUGGACAGUCACAGGAACACUGUGCAUUGUAUAGCAACAGUCGUUUCAAUGCUUGAGAAAAACAUGUCAAGUAGAGUAUAGAAGAGACAUAUUUCCAAAGUUAAACAAAGUAAAACAUUUCCCCAGUCAGGAAGAGACCAAUCCAAGAAUAAACCAAGAAUCCAAGAAGAAACCAAUAUCUAAAAAUUAAAAGACUGUAAGUGGCUUAUUGUUCUCAGAACAGCAGCUGACAAAUCUAACCCAAUCUGAACAUAUUUAAUGACAGACGUGUUGAGUGUGGCUUAAAAUGAAAGUCAAAUGGGAAAUAUAUCAGUGCACAUUAAAGUUCUGUGAAAAUAUGCAAUAUUGUUGUUGAAUAUUGCAAUUACAAUAUUUCAGCAAUGUAACAUUUCCCUAGAGAAAUGCAAAUUUUAUUAGCUAUUUAAAAAAAAUAUAUGUAAUGAUCAUAUUAAAAUAAACAUGUAAUAAAUAAUUAUCUGAUCUAAUUAAAUGUAAUUCAGGCAUAAACAAAAUAUCUUUGUGUAAGGUGCAAACAUUUAGACUAUAAAACACUGUGAAUGAACGGAAACCCC